AUGAAAGUUACUCGUUCGUACCAAAUUUUAACAUUUACCUUCAUUCUACUCAAUGUAGCGGAGAGUACAAUGAGCUCAGACGAAUUUGCCAAACCAGUUCGAGACGGUUCCAAGUUCGAUAACCCCCUUUCGUUCAAAAAUUGGAAAGGUCUUCCGGGCUUCUCUUCGAUACUCAGAUGGCGCUUUUGUGAAACAAACCAGGAGAAUGUUCCAAGUGAUACCCAGAUAUUAGAUAAAACUAUACCUGUGACUAAUUUAACAUCAUUCGUCUCGCAAAACAAGUCGAGCCUGUUCGCAAGUUGGCUCGGCCAUGCGACUGUACUGGUAGAAAUGGAAGGCGCUCGGUUUAUUACUGACCCUAUAUGGGCCGCUCGAGCUUCAUUCACAUCUUUCUUGGGACCUGCAAGAUAUAGGCCGCCUCCAAUGAAGAUUGAGGACCUACCUGAGCUGCAUUUCGCUGUUAUAUCACAUGAUCAUUACGACCAUUUGGACUUAGAAUCGGUCAAAUAUAUCAACAGAGCCAAUCCUGGAAUUCGUUGGUUUGUGCCGUUAGGAAUGAAAGAGUGGAUGAGCAGUGUUGAUAUCCAAAAUGAUGAGACGAACAGAGAAAGGGUAACAGAAUUAAACUGGGGGGAAAGCGUUGAUUUCAAAGUCAAAGAUAAGAACUACACCGUUUGGUGUUUACCAGCCCAACAUUGGGGACAAAGAGGCCCAUUUGACAGAAAUGAAAGAUUGUGGUCUGGCUGGGCUAUAAUUGGAGAAAACAAAAGAUUUUACUACACCGGUGACACUGGCUUUUGUGAAGAUGAGUUCCGAAAAAUUGGAAAUAGGCUGGGACCAUUUGAUUUAGCUGCUAUUCCUAUUGGUGCUUACGCCCCAAGAUCUUUCAUGAAAUCACAGCAUAUCAAUCCAGACGAAGCUGUCGAAAUACACAAAUUGAUAAAAUCGAAAAUGUCCAUUGGCAUUCACUGGGGUACUUAUCACAUGGGAUCUUAUGAAUAUUAUCUCGAACCUAAGCAGAGACUCCAAGAGGUAAUGGAAGCAAACAGUGGAUUGAACCCGUUUGAAACAAUACAAAUGGGCAAAAUAUGGGAAGAGCAAUAA